UCUGUGUUGAGGCGGUUUGCUCUAGGGACUGUCAGAAUGCGCGAGCAGCUACACACUCUUGGCCGGCUACACCCCUGCCUUCGAGGAAUUAAGGUCUUCAAGGCGGUUGACAGGCUUGCCUCCAUCGGAGAAAGCGGGGAAAUUAAAAAGCGGCUCAAGUUCGUUUGGUGCUUUGUUUUGCUUCGGCUCUGGAGUAGGGCGAGGGCUCCCGCCAACCCCCCAGAGGCGUGGCUGGCGUCGCGCUCGGUUGGCCCACAGGCGGGGCGGCCAUCGGAAAGCAGGGCUUCCCUUUCUUUUCCGUCACCGCCUCCGCUUCUCCCCGGCAGGCUGAAGGAGCCGCAGCCGCUGCCGCCGUCGCCCCCCCUCUGGCUGCAGCAGGAUACAAUGAAUCACAGUCUUGGAGCUGAACAGUUAGCCACAGUGUCUAUUGCAGGCUGCAAGUGAUAAAGGGGCAGUGUAUAUUAACCAUGGCUCUCCUUGCUACUGCUUUAUGGUAUUGUAGGCAACUAUGCACAUAUAUUGCCCAUCUGUUGAAAAGGUGGAGCAGAUACCUGCAGAAAAAGUUCACAAAUAACAACAGCGUUUCGGAUGAAGUUGAUUUGCUUGGCUACUGUGCCAAGGAAUGGAAAGGAGAAACAGAACAGGCCAAGCAAAUGAGGAAGGCUUACAAACAGUUGUUUUGGAGACAUCAUGUGAAAUAUCUACGACAAGUCAAGGAAGAUAGUUAUUGUGUGCUGAGGGCUGUAUUGUUCCAGAUAUUUAGCCAAGGUCUUCCUGUUCCAUCAUGGACAAAGGCAGUUGAUGUCCUAAAGAUCCCUGAGAAACUUCUUUAUUCACAAGGCUGUAACUGGAUCCAGCAAUAUAGUUUUGGACCCGAGAAGUAUACUGGCUCCAAUACAUUAGGGAAAUUACGUAAAUGUAUUGAAACUUUAAAAAGUCAGUGGAUGGAGAUAAGUGGCAUUAGAGACCCAUAUGAAAGAGGAAAACUGUGCUGUGCCAUUUUUACUGAUGAAGACACGGAGCACAAGAUGUUUGAGGCCAUAAAAUUUUUUAUGCUCUACCAAGUAAUAGAAGCCUAUGAAUGCUUCAGCAACAAACAAGAGGGUAUCCCAAGGUUCUUUUACAGCCUGUUUACACAGGAUACUUCCUUGGACCCUUUAAGCUACAUGAUGAAUCAUCUGAAUUCCAUAGGCGAUGGAAGAAGUCUUGAUCAGAUUGAACUGUUUCUCCUUGGAUACGUUCUUGAAGUAAAGAUAAUAGUUUAUAAGAUUUGUAAGUUCAGUUCAGAUGUUUUUCAAGAAUACUGCUUAGAGGGCUAUCAGAGGGACUGGCAUGAAGUCUCCCUCCUGACUGAAGAUGACCGUCAUUAUCACAUCCCUGUUAUCAAAAUGUAAAACUCAUUUCUGAUGCUGCUGAGAGAAGCAUCUGACAUUGCAUCCCCUGCUGAUGAUUUGUAAAGUAUCCAAACAGUUAAGACUGACUAGAUGUAUACCAGGGCAUGAGCCAAACCAUCUCUCAACUUAUCUACCUCACAGGGUUGUUGUACAGGUAAAUUAUUUAACCCUCAUGUAUGCCAGAUACCCAGUUUGGUGUAGUGGAUAAGUGAUUGACUAGGACUCAAGAGCCCUGGAUUCGUAUUUCUGCUCAGACAUGGAAGCUCAUUUGGGAUGUGGAACUGGUAAAGCCAUUCCUUCAAUAUCUCAGUUAUCUUGAAAGCUCUGUUUGGGUCGUUGUGCCGGUUCCAGCUUGAUAGCACAUAAGGUAACAUGUAUGCCACCUUCAGGUUAUCAACAGCAAUAUGUUUAAGAAUAAAUGUGAUUGGCAAUGGGACAAGCUAGAUAUAGGUGCCAAUUCACCUAGUAAGCUUUUACUGUGCUAUUAAGAUCUGUUCAUUUUAGGUAUGUGGACACCACAGGCUUGUAAAUGAAGUUAUUCCAUUUCUCCUGGAACCUCUAGUUCUGCAAGAGAGGUGGCGUAGAGAUAUCUCAACAGAGAAUUCCCAACAUCAUCACAAAGUGACAGUUGGGAGAACUGCUUGGGGGAAAGGUGUGGCAUGAAAUUGGUAUAUGCUGGAUAUAAACUGGUAAUCUAGUUAUGUUCUUUGAGACUGCAGUCAAAAAGUCUGUGGAUCCUUCAUUCCUGUUUAGUUAGUCUCCUAUACAGCUCCCCCCCACCUGUUAAACUCUGUUGAGCAAGCAGGGACUUGUGGUGUAAUGCAUUGGUCCCCAGCCUUGGGCCCCCAGAUGUUCUUGGACUUCAGCUCCCAGAAGUCCUGGCCAGCAGAGGUGGUGGUGAAGGCUUCUGGGAGUUGUAGUCCAAGAACAUCUGGAGACCCAAGGUUGGGGACCACUGGUGUAAUGACCCCAGGAUCAUGAACUGAGACUUUAUAGCAAGCCGUGGUUGUUAUGUUAAGUCUUUUAGAAAGUUCACAGCAUAUUUUAAAACCAAAUAGAAGCACUGCUUAUAUCUCAUGUUGUGGGAAAUCAUGGUUUAUUAUUUCAUAUACCUGCUGGAAUUCUGUUGUGGCAAAAACGUAUUUGUUACCUUCACAUUGUACACGCUGCAUGACAUGACCUGGAGACCACAGUUUCAAGGCCCCACACUAGCUUAGACAACAUGGCAAAUAGAGGCUUGACUUACAUUCUCACAGCAGAAAAGUGGAAGAAAGCCAUUUGUAUUGAUCUUUCCAAGUACGUAAGUUCAUGAAACGUACUACCUACAACUGACCCAGCAUGUCAUCUGAUGAACUAGAUCAUUAUCGUAAGGGCUGUUAUAUAGCUUCCGUUGUCAAAAGGGUACCAGUCAGUAAGGUUGAUAGUGCUUCAGGUAUAGAUGAGAGUAACUGGAUACCUUCUGGCUUGCAUUUGUGCUCCAAAUUCUGUACCAAGAAAUGCAAAACCCAGCAAUCUUGUGUAACUCUGUCAGAUUAGGAAGAUUUGCAUAAUUCAGUGGUUUAUCCUGUUUUGUAUACUCUUUUCCUGGUUCUCCCUUUUAAAAAGCUGAUAGAUGCAAUAUGAAUAUAAUAUCCAAGAUGAACUUUCUAUUUAUUAUGUUGUCAAUAAAGAUAAGCAAAACAUGAUUAAUAAAAUUUGUAACAGAGAUAAGAACUCAAAGAUUAA